AGCAAGCAACCCACGAACAGAUAAGACGGAUAAACACACCGUCGCUAAAGAAGAAACACAAAGAAACCAACUCCGACGACCACCGGAGUCGGAGAGCAUCAAGAAUCGACGACGAUCGAUCAUGGCCAUCCCCACCAUCCUGGGCAGUCUGAAGCUCACGCCAUCCCCACCCUCCGCCACGCCGGUGCGCUCCUCCGCCUCCUCCUCCCUGCAUUUCCACCUCGCCAACGCCGGCGCCGCCGCGCUCGUCGCGGCCUCGCUCCUCGUCGCCGACCCGGCCCUGGCAUUCAAGGGAGGAGGCCCGUACGGGCAGCAGGUGACACGGGGGCAGGACCUCACCGGCAAGGACUUCAGUGGCCAGACGCUCAUCAGGCAGGACUUCAAGACGUCUAUACUGAGGCAGGCGAACUUCAAAGGCGCGAAGCUGCUCGGCGCGAGCUUCUUUGAUGCAGAUCUGACAGGUGCUGAUCUCUCUGAUGCUGAUCUUAGAGGUGCAGAUUUCUCACUGGCAAAUGUAUCGAAGGUAAAUCUGACAAAUGCCAACUUGGAAGGGGCACUUGCCACAGGAAACACGACGUUCAAAGGUUCCAACAUAUAUGGAGCAGAUUUUACAGAUGUUCCACUGCGAGACGAUCAGCGUGAAUACCUCUGCAAAAUUGCUGAUGGGGUCAAUACAACCACUGGAAACGCCACGAAGGAGACUCUUUUCUGCAAAUGAUGAACAAUAGAGAGACAGAGGAAGAGAUCCAGUAGAGUUGAGGGUGCUGAUUAAAUUAGUUGCUGAAUAGUAUCACUACUACUAGUAUAUUGCCGCCAUGUUCUCUCUUUUUUCCCCAAGUGCAGAGAGGAGUAGUACACGAUCACAUGACAUGAAUAAAUGUGCAAAUGCUUAAGAGCAAGUUCAAUAAUAUAGCCAACUACUAUCUCCAAUUCAUCUA